AUGGCCGCCCGCCGAAGCAAGCCGGCGACACUUGAUGAGAGCGAUCCUCUCAUCGUCGACCCUGAAAAUGUCGAGGUUGAAGCUUCAGCUCACACUGAGGAUGAAGACCAUCCCCUGAGCCAAAUCUCGACUAGGAUGACGUAUCGCCUCUACAUAUCACAUUUCCUGUCAACAUGGAAUUCCCGCGUCUUCGAAUUCGGGGCUGUCCUGUACUUGGCUACUGUCUACCCAGGAACGCUGCUUCCGAUGUCCGCCUACGCGCUUUCUCGUGGACUUGUGGCGAUUAUCUUCUCAUCCGCGGUGGGCUACUACAUCGAUGUCGGUAACCGUUUGCAGGUCAUUCGCGUUUCAAUUGUGUUGCAACGACUGGUUGUGGCUGCAUCGUGUGUAAUAUUUUAUUUACUGGCGACUGGACCUUCUAUGUCACGCGUAGCCAACGUGUGUUUGCUGGCGACUCUCACACUCCUGGCUUGUAUUGAGAAGCUAUGCUCUAUUUUGAACAUGGUAUCCGUGGAGAAAGACUGGGUUGUCGUCGUUGCGGGAACCGAUCAUGCAGGUCUAAGAACUAUGAACGCCCAAAUGCGACGUAUUGACUUGGCCUGCAAGCUGCUCGGACCUCUUUUCAUCGCUCUCAUUGAUGGCAUAUCAACGGAGACCGCCAUCAUGGUCAAUUUUGGGAUGAACGUCUGCUCAGUUGUGGUGGAGUACUACUCAAUCGCCAAGGUCUACGACGAAGUGCCAGAACUGCAGGAAGCAAAGAAAUUCCCUCAUAUGCCCCGAAACGAAGAACCUGCUCAGCAAGGAUUCUUUGUGCGUGGCUGGAGCGCUGUGUGCCAAGGCGUACGACAGGCUCUGAAAGACUUCGAUUUCUAUUUCCGACACCGAGUCUUUCUUCCAUCCUUUGCUGGAGCUUUGCUGUACUUGACAGUCCUAUCCUUUUCGGGGCAGAUGGUCACUUGGCUUCUGUCGACGGGCUACGAUUCGACGCAGGUCGCUGUUACAAGAACUCUGGCUGUUGCAUUUGAGGUAUUGGCUACCUGGGUCGCACCCUGGCUGAUGGGCAGGAUAGGGCCUACCCGGGCUGGUCUAUGGCUGGCAAGUUGGCAGAUUACAUGUUUGGCUGGUGGUUUCGCUAUCUUCUGGCAAUUCGCUAGCCAGCCUUUUCUUUCAGCAUCUGGUCUUGUCGGUGGUGUGAUUUUCAGCAGGCUAGGCUUGCGAGGGUUUGAUCUAUGUGCCCAGAUUUUGGUUCAAGAGGGCAUUGAUGCCAAGGCUCGAGGGUCCUUCUCAUCAACUGAAGCUGCAUUGCAGAACUUGUUUGAGAUCUUCUCCUAUAUCUCGACCAUAAUUUUCUCCCGUCCGGAUCAAUUCAAAUGGCCGGCCCUUAUCAGUGUGAUUUCUGUCGGCCUUGCUGGUCUUCUCUACGCGAUUUACGUUCGGAUUCAAAGGGGCCACUUGUUGCACUUGCCGAGCUGUUUUGCCCAUGAUUGCCUUCAUCGCUCUGGCCAAAGAGCUAUGGACAGAAUUUCCUCUUUCUCCGACAUGUGA